AUGUCAAAUCUAGACGUGUGUUACUUGGAAAGGGCUUUAGUGUUUCUAAAAAAAUAUCAAUGGAUAUUUAAUUUUAGAAACACUGAUGUGUUAACAAAAGAUGUUCUUGCCAAUUUACCAAAAGAUUGGGCUGAGUACUUUAAUGGUAUUAAUGUAGACAAUUUACAUGGUUUAGUUAAAGGAAAUCUAGAGGACUCUGCUCCUCUAGAUUUUAAAUAUUUGAUAGACGAAAUUAAUGAAUUAAACUGUAAACAAACUUGUGAGACAGUGGAAAGUGUCGAAAGUGUUUCAUAUAAAUGCACUGGCUUAACUCAAAAGAAAGUUCACGAAAUAACACUUCUUGCACCUGUUAUUAACGAAAUUUGCCAAGAGACCAAAUGUGAUUUAAUUGUCGAUAUUGGAUCAGGUUUCGGCCAUUUACCCCAUAUGUUGUUUGAAAAAUACCACUAUCCAGUUCUAGCAUUAGAAGUAUCAAAUAAAUUAAUACAAACAGCCUUAGAAAACCAAACAAAACUGAAACCCGCUUCAAAAGGGCACGUUAUAUUUAAAGAAGUAUUUGUAAAUAAAUCAUCAGCGGGUUGUAUUGAAGAAUUAGUUGAAGAAAAUUUUGGCCCGGACAAAAAAAUAUGCCUAACAGGUCUUCAUGCUUGUGCGGAUUUAAGCGUUGAAGUCCUGAAGCUUUUCAGUCGAAUUUCCAAAGCAAGUGCUCUAGUGAUCAUGCCAUGUUGCUACCAUAGAAUGAAUACCGAUUUUAAAAACUUCCCUGCAAGUUCUUUAGGGAAAAAAUUGUUUGAUAAAUAUCAGGCUUAUGGAUUUACUGGAGAAGCGUUUUUGAGGCUGGCUUGUCAACAAACUAGUGGAACUUUUAUUAGGAUGUCGAAGGAAGAACACGAAAAACAUGCACAGCAAUGUAUGCAUAGGGCUGUAUUGCAAUUGGUUGCAGAAAUGGAAAACUGUACGUUACGAAGACUUAAACGAAAAUCGGGGAAAUCAAACGCGCUAGACAUCGACGUCGGUUUCCAAGACUAUUUGAAUAAUUUGGAAACAACGCAUCAGCUUGUGGGACGGGAUCCAAAUAAACGAAUUAAAGUUACCGACGAAACCUUUCGUAGGAAAAUGUAUGAAAAAUGGACCGAACACAAAAAUGAAUGCUGGCAGGUCGAAGUUUUAAUGGGGCUUCAGGCGGCCAUUCAGGGCAUAUGUGAAAAUGUCGUUUUACUCGAUAGAGUCGAGUUUCUAAAGGAGAAAGGAAUUCGUUGUUAUAAUAGAAAAAUAACAAAUGACUGUAUCUCGCCACGAUGUUGGGCUUUGAUUGCUAUGAAAAGUUUCCCUUCUUAGUUCCAC